CAUAGGGAUGCUAUAAACUAUGAUAGUAUCCUUUGAUGACUCCGUGCACUAAUGUUUCUAUUCGCUGGCCUAGCCUUCCUUCCUCUGUCUAUAUUACUUCUGCACCCCUCUCGAUCACACUGUUGAUAGUCUCUCUUUCUCUCUCCUCUCGAAUUUUAAUACUCUCUCCUCUCACAUUUUAAUACUCUCUCUCUAUAUUCUCCCACAAUUUCGUAUAUUAACGUUGGUUGUUAAAAUGGAAAGAAGGCCGCACAACAGUUACGGCUGUAGCGGUUACAGAAACCGGAAGAGAGAGAGAAUUGCAGAGGAAGAAUGAUUUAAAUGGUUGAAAUAGUGGGUAUUUUUUGGGGGUUUUUGUAUGGAGAGAGCGCAAAAAACAGCUUCGAAUUGUGUGCAAAGCAAAGACUCCCCGUAUUCGUUCUCUAUUUCUAGGGUUAUAGGUAAAUCAAGUAGGAAUUUUGAUAUCUGCAUGUUCUAGGGUUUUUGGUUGGUCAAAGCGCGCUGGGUGAUGACAGUGUUCUAGGGUUCGUUCGGUUCCUCUUCACCUCAUUUUCCCUCUCAAGGUUUGUAGAGAAAAAUCAUCGCAAUGGCUUUGAUUUGUUGUGUUUCGGUCUAUCAAGAAAGGCUAUAAAUCAUACGAAUGGAGUCAAUUUUUUUGACAUUUUCAGGAAAUUCUUUCUAUCUGUUAUUCUUCGCUCUCGUGGUCACUGUUCUUUGUUGCCUUUAUUCUAUUUGGGGUUUCAAAUUGAAUACGAAGAGAAAUAGGAGAGAGGAAAUGGUGGGUAGUUCAAAGAAGAAGGCCUGUGAAUGUAGUUGCAGUUGUGCUCGUUCUUCUUAUGCAAAUGGUAGUGCCGGUGAAAAGUAUGAGAAGCCUGAUAGGCAGUCCGGUGCUUCAAUGAUGGAGCAGUUGGUGCCGGAGAUUACUACACAUGCUUUGAGUUAUCUAGAUUAUCCAAGCUUGUGCAGAUUGUCCAUGACCAAUUCAUCUAUGAGGAGAGCAGCUAAUGAUGAUAGCGCAUGGAAAUCAUUAUAUCACAAGGAUUUCACAGUUGAGCAGGACUCUAUCAGACCAGCAAAUGGAUGGAAGGCAUACUAUGCUGCUACAAAAGCAGUUGUAAGUAUAAAUUCAGAAUUUUACAACAUCAUCAGAGAGAGAUCACUUCCAGAGAUGAGUCAUCUUUGGCUUCGAGCAGAUUAUGUGAAGUGUAUCAAUGGCUCUGGAGAGCUCUUCACCGGGUACAACUCAGUGAUGGAAAGUUGGGGGGUGGCAUUUAACUGGCACCAGCCGGUUAACUUCCAGGUCUGUGAUGUUCGGGUCCGAGUUCUUAAUGAAAUGGCAUGGGUCACCAUGAAAGCCUUUACAAAUGUGAACUCCUUCCAUGUAACCAAUGUAUAUGAGUUUCAUGAUAGCCGAUGGUUUAUGGUUCAUCACCACAGCUCUAUGAUGCUCAACGACGGGGAGGUUGAUCCACACAUAUUUGGUUAAAAAAGAUUAUACAAAAAGGGACAAUAGAGAGUCAUUUGUGGGGUAUCAGCUUGCUUCACUUCUCUGCCAUUUUGGUUUGGAGUUCUUGAUGUUGCUGCUUCCCUGGGCCCUUUCUAAAAAUGAUGGGUCUCUCUCUCUCUCUCUCGCUCAUCUCAUUACUUGCUGAAAAAGAUGUGAGAUUUCUCUCUCAUCUCAUUACUUUCUGAAAAAGAUGUGAAAGAUUUGUUCAGUUGGAAUACUAAACUCUUUAAAAGAAAUUGUAUAGAUCAUUGUGCAAAAACAAUUUUUGGC